UGUCUGUCUGUCUGUCUGUCUGUCUGUCUGUCUGUCUGUCCAGUCUCGUCUGUUGCUGUUGCCGUGGUUACGUGGCUGAAGGACGGGGAGGCAGUGAGGACGGGACCGGGUCUGCAGCAGGGACGAGACGGUACCCGUCUCACUCUCACCAUGGAGAGAGUGAGACGGGUAGACCAGGGAACUUACAGGUGUCAGCUGACCACGGCUGACAGACAGACGGUUAACUCUGCAACAUGGAGGCUGAGCGUGCACAGCAGACUGCAGAGUCACAGGUCAAAGGUCACAGAGGUCAGAGCAGCAUGUGAGGCUCCUCGCUUCAUCCGCCGCCUCGCCGACCUGAACGUGAUGGACGGCAGCAGAGUUACCAUGACGGUGGAGUUGACUGGUAACCCUCCUCCUGAGGUGUUGUGGCUCCAUGACGGACAGGAAGUGAUGGAGUCGGAGGACUUCCACCUUCUCCAGGAGGAGAACCGCUGCACUCUGCUGAUCCAGGAGGUUUUCCCCGAGGACACCGGGACCUACAGCUGCCGGGCCUGGAACCAGUCCGGACAGGACCAGACCCAGUGCCAGCUCACUGUGGAGGAGCCUCAGGACGGCGUCCAGCCAUGGUUCAUCACCAAACCCAAACCAGUGAGUGCCGUCGUGGGUCAACAUGUGCUCCUGUCCUGCGCCAUCGCCGGUGACCCGUUCCCCCAGUACACCUGGACCAGAGCCGACCUCAGCCGACCUCUGACCUCUGGAGGAGACUACGAGCUGCUGCAGAAGGAGGACGUGACCUCGCUGCUGAUCAGGAGAGUCAAGAAGCAUCACGCUGGAGACUACCUGAUCACCCUUAGGAACAAUGUUGGGGAGUGCAACGCUGUGGCCUGUCUGUCUGUCACCGAUGUAGAGAAAGACAGGAUGAGAGUACGAGGACAGACAGGAGAUGACAUCAGCCCUGCAGGAGGAAGAGGAGCAGCUGGUGGGACAGCAGCACUGAGAGGAGGCGCCAGAGGAGGAGGCGUGGAGCAGAGAAGCAGCAGCAGUGUUACUGUCAGUCGGCAGUGGCAGGAGGCCAACCAGCAGCAGAAGCAGCGACUCCUGCACCUGCACGAGGAGGAGAAGAAGAAGAAGAAGGAGGGCACCUCCACUGUCACCACCACUGCAACCGCCACUGCUGGUUCUCAGGGCCUCCUCCGCUGCGUGGACACCAGGGAGCGCGGCGAAGAGGAGCUGCGACAGAGGGAGGCGCAGCAGCUCGACUUCCGCUCCCUUCUGGGACGCCGAGCACCAAUUGCCAAAAACAAUCAGGAAGAGGAACCAGAGGAGGCCGGCCUUGCCACCACUGCCACCACCACCAUAGAGCACCGCCACCAGAUGGAUUUUAAGGCCAACCUGAAGGGCAUCAAAACCAAGCCGGAGGAGAACCGCAAGGUGAACUCCCCGCAGCAGGUCGACUUCCGAGCCGUGACACCCACCAAGAACGCCAGCGGUAUCAAACCCGCCGAGACGCCCACCAAGAACACCAGCGGUAUCAAACCCGCCGAGACGCCCACCAAGAACAGUGCCGACUUCCGCUCCGUCCUCGCCAACAAGAACAAGUCGGUGAGCCCCGAGAAGAAUGGGGAGAACAAGAAGGCAGCAGUGAACAACUGCGUGGAUGGAGUGAUCAACGAGAAGACGAGUGGCGGAGGGAAGGUGCCGGAGUUUGUGGAGAAGCUAAGCGAUGUGACGGUGCUGGACGGGCAGCGGCUCCGGCUGCAGUGCCGCCUUGACGCCUCCAGCGGCGUCACCGUCACCUGGACGCUGGACGGGAAGACCAUCAAGGCGUCCAAGUUCAUCAUACUCGCCAAUGAAGGCGGCCUGUGCUCUCUGACCAUCGACAAAGCUCUACCAGAAGAUGAAGGCUUGUAUAAAUGCAGAGCCGAGAACUCAGCGGGCAAAACUGAAUGUUCCUGUACGGUUCUCGUCGACGACCCGUCUGUGGACUCUCCGGCUGACAGGAAGAAGAAGUCGACUCCGACCUCUGAGAGUGAAGCCAGAAUAAAGAAACCGACCACCAAGACUCCGACCAAACAAGCUCUGCCUCCUCAGAUCAUUCAGUUCCCCGAGGACAUGAAGAUCCUCGCUGGACAGAAAGUCGAGAUCCUCUGCAAGUUCUCCGGAGCUCCGCCCAUCACCUGUACCUGGCUGAAGUUCAGGAAACCAAUCCAGGACGGCUCGGCUCACUCCAUCCACAGCACGGACAGCAGCAGUCAGCUGACCAUCAGCAGCGGUCAGCAGGAGCACUGUGGCUGUUACACCAUCGAGCUGAGGAACAGCUUCGGCGUCCGACAGGCCGCCCUCAACCUCACCAUCGUGGAUAAACCCGACCCCCCCGCCAAGGUUCCUGCCGCCUCCGACAUCCGGCGCUCCAGCCUGACUCUGUCAUGGUACGGUCCGACCUACGACGGAGGCAGCGCCGUGCAGUCCUACAACCUGGAGAUCUGGGACUCUGUGGACCAGCAGUGGACACACCUGGUGUCCUGCAACAGCACCUCCUACAAUGUACAGAACCUUCUUCCAGAGCGCCAGUAUAAGUUUCGUGUCCGGGCCCAGAACAUCUACGGGGUCGGAGAACCGAGCGUAGAAUCUGAACCGGUCACUGUCGGACUGGUCGAUGAUGAUAACCAGGAGGAGGCUGAGGCAGAGGAGGAGGAUGAAGACUCGGAGAAGGAGCCGGAGUACCGGGACGUGACCAUCCGAGCAGACAUGAAGGUGAAGGAGCUGUACGACGUGGAGGAGCGGCUAGGAACGGGGAAGUUCGGUCAGGUGUUCAAGCUGGUGGAGAAGUCCACGAAGAAGGUGUGGGCGGGGAAGUUCAUCAAGGCGUACUCGGCGAAGGAGAAGGAGAACGUGCGGCAGGAGAUCGGCAUCAUGAACAGCCUCCAUCACCCCAAACUGGUGCAGUGCGUCGACGCCUUCGAGGGGAAGUCCGACAUCGUCAUGGUGCUGGAGAUGAUUUCGGGCGGCGAGCUGUUCGAGCGGAUUAUUGACGAGGACUUCGAGCUGACGGAGCGGGAAGUGAUCAAAUACAUGCUGCAGAUCAUCGACGGCGUGAACUUCAUCCACAAACAGGGCAUCGUCCACCUGGACCUGAAGCCCGAGAACAUCAUGUGUGUCAACAAGACCGGCAGCAAGAUCAAGCUCAUCGACUUCGGCCUCGCCAGGCGGCUAGAAAGCGCAGGAACUCUGAAGGUUUUGUUCGGGACUCCGGAGUUCGUGGCUCCAGAAGUGAUCAACUACGAAGCGAUCAGCUACCCGACCGACAUGUGGAGCAUCGGAGUCAUCUGCUACAUCCUGCUGAGCGGCCUGUCUCCCUUCAUGGGCGACAACGACAACGAGACUCUGUCCAACGUGACCUCGGCCUCGUGGGACUUUGAGGAUGAGGCCUUCGACGAAAUCUCAGAAAAUGCCAAAGACUUCAUCACCAACCUGCUGAAGAAAGACAUGAGGGCUCGCCUUACCUGUGCUCAGUGUUAUGAUCACACCUGGCUGAAGCAGGACACCAACACCAUGAAGGCCAAGAAGCUCUCCAAGGAGAGGAUGAAGAAGUACAUCCUGAGGAGGAAAUGGCAGAAAACGGGUCACGCUGUUCGAGCCAUCGGUCGGCUGUCGUCGAUGGCCAUGAUGGCCGGUGUCAGUGCCAAGAAAGGCUCGCCCACUGAAGAGGAUAACCAGUUCCUUGAAUGUUUGGAGUACGAGCAGAAGACGGAGUGUAAGCCGUCGUUCAGCUCGGUCAUCAAAGACGUGGAGGUGGUGGAGGGCAGCGCCGCUCGCUUUGACUGCAAGAUCGAAGGUUACCCCGACCCGGAGGUGGUUUGGUACAAAGACGACCAGCCCAUCAAAGAGACCCGACACUUUCAGAUCGACUAUGACGAGGACGGGAACUGCAGUCUGGUCAUUUCAGAGGUUUCAGGCGACGACGACGCCAAGUACACGGUGAAGGCGGUCAACAGCCUCGGGGAGGCGACGUGCACCGCCGAGCUGCUGGUGGAGGUCAUGGCUGGAGAGGAGGAGGAGGAGGAGGAGGAGGAGUAAAGUGGUGGUGGUCUGGACUUCCACAGGAGGAGGAGGUGGUGCUCCUCCUCAAUACAUUGUGUUGUUGUUAUUGGAGGAGCAGGUGGGCGGAGUUAGUCUUAAAGCCCUCAGCCUCUGUUCAUUGGUGGGUUUCCUCUGACAGGAUGUCUUCUUACAGAAUAUUUUAGUUCAGGUUUUGACCAGUGGUGGCGCUGCAGAGCAAAGUUAACAUAAUGUACAUCACAACAGCUGCCGACUGAAACGUAUCGUAACAUGUUAGUUAACAAACGUGUUCGUUAGUGCUCACAAUACAUUGAACUACAGCUCCCAUCAUGCCUUACACAGCAAUACAAUGUCUAUGAAUUGUGGGAGCUGUAUCAAAAACUCCCAGAAUCCUGUUUGAGCUUCAAUCAGUACGAACGAGGAAAAACACUGAUGAAUUAAAGGUUUGAGCUCUCUGAGCCUCUCCGCAGAGACUCAUGGGAUAUGUAGUUGUUGCUGCAGGGUGGGACUUGAGCUCUCAGACCUGUUCCUGUGGCAGUCCAGGUGAGCCAACGAUGGUACAAAGGUGAAGUGACAAGACAAACUGAGCUUCAUAUUCACAGAGACAACCACUGUCUACAUAAGAGUUACCAUCACGUUAGCACCGCAGCUAACGUUACGAAGAAGCCUACUGAUAUUAGCUCAUUAGCUAACAAACAUUGUAUAACAAGUGCGUAAUAACAGAUCGAGUUGAUCAACAAUGUCACCGUAACUAACGUUAGCUAGCAUCAGAAGAGAUCUGCUAGCUUAAAUGUAUCAGCUAAUGUCACCAGAACGAACAUUAGCUAACGUGAUGCUAACGUGAUGCUAACGUUCAGUAAAUUUGUCUGUUUGUACACAAAAAACAGCUAGCUUUAGAGCUAAUGUUAGCCUCCAUGCUAUAUGCUAGUUGAAGUAAAGUGCCAAAUUUAGCUCCACCACAGACAGACCGCACAGGUUUCUGGGUAAUGUAGUCAUCACGUGAGCGGCCUCUGUGAAUGUGCGGCUCAGCAGCAGAAAGACGACGUGAUAAAUUAUAAAACAAUAAUCUGAGUUUGUAACCGUGCUGCUCGUCGUGUGCGUCCGAGAAACCUUCUUCUUCUUUUGUUGUUUGAGCACUUUUUUCUUCUUCGUUUGAUUUUUGACUUUGACAGCAGUUUACAGCAUUUAAGCUAACGUCACCUCUGCCUUACCGUUAGCCUUAAACACGGAGACGCUUUUAACCGUCAGAGAAACAGACGUUAGCACUUCAAAAUGUUCUCCGUCUUUCAUGAACAUACAACAUAAUUAUAACGAGUUUAUCUCAAAAAAACAUAAUCACAAUGUCUUAUUUUGAAAUCCGAUGUUUAAUUAGCAGAUCUAAUCACUCGAUCCUAACUAUGAGAUAAACAGUAAAUAUUAUUAACUCGACAUCGCAGAAUCACGAGUUACGUGAGAGUUACGACAUGAAAACGUUCAAAAGAUUUUUUAUUACGAUUUUAUUAAAUUUUAAUAUCAAAGUUUGUGUUCAUAAAAUCGAACGUUGUCAACAAAUGAGUCGGUUUGUGUAACGAAGGUCUCGACUCCGUGAAGAAGACAUUUGUAACGUGUCAGCUCCGUCUUUAAUUAAAAUCUAAAUUAAGGAAAUUGUUGCGUGACGUUCGUCCUCGUCAGCGGUUAAAAGUCGUCUCGUGACAUCGAAGUCGUUUCUUUGAAUAUAUUUUGAUUUUGUCACAUUCCAGCUGUAUUGUUUGUUUUUUGUUUGUUUUCAUCAUUUAUUUAAAUUCAGAAACCAAAGAAACAUCACACGGUGUGUGUCUGUGUGUGUGUGUGUCUGUGUGUGCGUGUGUGAGCAUCCAUCAGGUUCAGUUUAAACUCUGUUUUUAUUUAAUGCACAGAUUCAUAACUCAGCAUUACUCUUCAUAUUCUGGUUUCUUCUUCUUCACCGUCACAUCAUUACUGUUUGUUUUGUAUUAGAUGUAUGUAGAUGAUAUUUCUCUAAUUUUUAUAAAAUAUAUCCGUGUGAUGAAAUGUACGAGACACCACGACUAAUAAAUGUAUCACCACAGUAAA